AUGAUUGCUAAAAUUAAAAACAAAAAUUAUGAGGGCAUUUUUGAUUUGGCAGAACCUAUUAAAGUUGAUGACCAGGGUGUAACUGAUCUGGAUCUAAUGGCUACUGUUCCCCUCGCAAACAUAGAGUCCUACUUAUGGGGCAGUGGUUUGGAUGAGUUUGCGUUGAGUGAGCGGACCAUAGGGUGCGGUAUAUUCGGUGUUGUAGUUAAGGGUAGACAUCGACUGGAGGACAGGGAUUACGCCAUUAAACUAAUUAAAUAA